AUGGGAGCAAAACCCAAGGCUGGCCCAACAACCAAAGACUCACCCAGCCGGUGGACCAAGCCUGACCUGAAGCUCCUCAUUGCAAAGCUCAAAGAAGGCCUCUCUCUAGAACAGAUCGUCAGGGAUUAUUUGCCAGGCAAGAGCGUUAGAUCUUGCCGGGAUCGAGCUCGGCCCUUCCAGUGGACUGGUCAGUUACCGGAAUCAUGCCUACAAACCUCUACUCCAGGAAAGCGCAGAGGACGGCCAAGGACCCGGCAUUUACCCAGCCCAGAAACAAAAGCCUCAUCCUCUAAACAUCAACUGAGAGACAAGCGGGGACGUUAUGCAUGUCAAUCUGGUGGUCCUCCUGACAGUCAUGCACGCAUGGUCGGUAAGAGUUCUCCGCUUGCGCAAUCAAUUUAUUCGAAUGAUGACCAUUCUUUAGGAGAUCGAGAGAACCAUAUCCGGGAUACGGACACUGACUCUCUCCCAGACGAUGAUAGCAACUACAUCGUGAGCGAGACAGAGGACGAAGAAUCCACAACUAAGGUUGGUCCCGCUCGUGAUGCAGCCAUUCAAUCCGAUGCGAGCCCGUCAGACACAGGCCCUCGCGUGCCUGAUUCAAGCAUCUCAAUCAAUGAUGGACGACAGAUCAACCAAGUUUCUUCGAUUGAGACUGGCGUACCUGAACUUCAAGGCCUUACGGAGCUCUGCGAAGAGACUAAUAAAUUCAACCUUGACAGUUCCACUGCGAAUGUGGAUGACAUAGCGAAUAUGGAAGAGUGGCUGAUGAAGUUUGGCAGCCUGGAGAGUCGACAUAUUGAGUAA